AUGGAGGAACAUAUCGACGAGCAUAAAAGUAACCCAAGUAGCCUUCCAGCGAGUGCGUUCAAUUCAAGCUUUACCACACCACAAUCUUCAUCACGAAAGCGCUAUCUCGGCCGGUAUCCAUUUGUGAGUAAAAGAAGAAGAAUCUUGGCUGAAAUUGAAGGAAAUGACCAAUCACACAACCAGCAAUGGUUGAGAAGAUCACCACGGUUACAAGAUAAAGCUGCCAAACAAAACCAACAAAUCAGUAGUAAUCUCUUAAAUGCUAACCUUCAGCCAUGCUACGAUGAAAGUAACCAAUGCAAUGCCAGUACAUCUAGGAAAAAGCCAAAAUCAAGUCAAAACACGAUUGCAUGUGUAUUGGUGGUAUAA